AUGUACGAAAGGCUCUCACUUGCUUCAGGUCUGCGUACAGAUCCACCUGAAGGAAUAGAAGCUGCCCCUCUGGAUCAGAAGUGUUGCCACUGGCAAGCAACCAUAACUGGUCCUGUUGGCAGCCCUUAUGAGGGUGGGCUGUUUUAUCUGUACCUGCAAAUUCCAUAUAGCUACCCAAUGUGUCCACCUAUAGUGCGUUUCCUGACACGCAUCUUCCACCCAAAUGUGUCUCGACAUGGGCAUGUUGGCAUUGACUCGAUACAGCACAACUGGAGCCUGGCACUUACCAUAUCGAAAGUUCUCAUCUCUGUGCAGAGUCUGCUGACUGAUCCAUACUGUCAG